ACAGAAAAACACACCAAUAGUAAGAAAGUACCGUUGCAAGCGAAUGUAAGCGUCUAACGUCUCCAUCAACCGCGCCAUUACCUCUUACAUCGACCACAUAACAGUCGAAUCGUGAGAUUCAGUUUCGAGGAAAAUUCCUGCAAGCUGAUCAUUUCAACAAAGCAAAAUGCGUGAGUGUAUUUCAGUGCAUGUUGGUCAGGCCGGAGUCCAGAUUGGCAAUGCCUGCUGGGAACUCUACUGUCUGGAACAUGGGAUCCAGCCGGAUGGCCAGAUGCCCAGUGACAAAACCAUUGGAGGAGGAGACGACUCAUUCAACACCUUCUUUAGUGAAACUGGAGCUGGAAAGCACGUUCCCAGAGCUGUGUUUGUAGAUCUGGAGCCCACGGUUAUCGAUGAGGUGCGCACUGGGACCUACAGGCAGCUGUUCCACCCUGAGCAGCUGAUCACCGGGAAGGAGGAUGCUGCCAACAACUACGCCCGUGGACACUACACCAUCGGUAAAGAAAUCAUCGACCUGGUUCUGGACAGGAUCCGGAAACUGGCGGAUCAGUGCACUGGUCUUCAGGGCUUCCUGGUGUUCCACAGCUUUGGUGGAGGCACUGGCUCUGGUUUCACCUCUCUGCUGAUGGAGCGUCUGUCUGUGGACUAUGGCAAGAAGUCCAAGCUGGAGUUCUCCAUCUACCCAGCUCCUCAGGUGUCCACUGCUGUGGUGGAGCCCUACAACGCCAUCCUGACCACCCACACCACCCUGGAGCACUCUGACUGUGCCUUCAUGGUGGACAAUGAGGCCAUCUACGACAUCUGCCGCAGGAACCUGGACAUCGAGCGUCCCACCUACACCAACCUGAACAGGCUGAUCAGCCAGAUCGUGUCCUCCAUCACUGCCUCUCUGCGCUUUGAUGGUGCCCUCAAUGUUGAUCUGACAGAGUUCCAGACCAACCUGGUGCCAUAUCCACGUAUCCACUUCCCUCUGGCCACCUACGCCCCCGUCAUCUCUGCAGAGAAAGCUUACCAUGAGCAGCUUUCAGUGGCUGAGAUCACCAAUGCCUGCUUUGAGCCGGCCAAUCAGAUGGUGAAGUGUGACCCCCGCCACGGAAAGUACAUGGCUUGCUGUCUUCUGUAUCGUGGUGACGUGGUGCCCAAAGAUGUGAAUGCAGCCAUCGCCACCAUCAAAACAAAACGCUCCAUCCAGUUUGUGGACUGGUGUCCCACUGGCUUCAAGGUUGGCAUCAACUACCAGCCGCCCACUGUAGUUCCUGGUGGAGACCUGGCCAAGGUCCAGAGGGCGGUGUGCAUGCUGAGCAACACCACUGCUAUUGCAGAGGCCUGGGCUCGGCUGGACCACAAGUUUGACCUGAUGUACGCCAAGCGCGCCUUUGUUCACUGGUAUGUGGGUGAGGGUAUGGAGGAGGGAGAGUUCUCUGAGGCCAGAGAGGACAUGGCGGCUCUGGAGAAGGAUUAUGAGGAGGUUGGAGUCGACUCCAUUGAAGGUGAAGGAGAGGAGGAAGGAGAAGAGUAUUAAACAAGGAGGAGGAAUCAGUUACAGAGGAAGGAAAUGGCUCAAGCAUUCCAAAAAGAUGUUUGUUGUUCUAGAAAAUGUUAAGAUGUUCAAUGAAACCUCCUGAAAAUGUCAAGAUUCGGUUUGAUAUGAAUAAAAUCUGACAUGUGUCAUGCAUUAAAUUGUACAUGGAGGUAAUAUAAAACUACAAUAAAAUCGGUUUCUCCAUCAGAAAAA